CUUAUUAAACUGUAUGCCUGGGAGCCAGCUUUUGAAAAGCGCAUCUUUUUUCUACGUUGGUCUGAAAUGGCCCAACUGAUUCGAGUCUCUUUUGGCUAUGGCGUCGUCCAGUUGAUAUGGUCAAUGGCACCCUUUGCUGUUCUCCUUCUUACCUUCUCCAUUUAUAUUAAUAAGGUAAUCGCAUAUAAUUCUUCAAAUGCCUGGAUAUCUUAUGUUAACACAAACAUAACUACCAACGAAAGCAUUUCUGAAGGUCUUUUGACCCCGGAAAAGAUAUUCGUUUCAGUUGCCCUCUUCAACCUUCUCAGAAUGCCGUUAACUAUGUUGCCAUGGAGUAUUUCUUCUCUUGUAAUGGUGAAUUAA